AUGAAGGUCGAAACUCCAAAGAAGCCCUCCUUGCCUUCCAUAGACGCCCUCACCAAACAAAGCACUUAUUCGCUCCCACCUUUGCUGCUGCUCCUCAAUCAGCCAGAAAGGCCCAAGUUACCUUCCAUCACUUCCUUGACGCCUUCUACUCCUCGUUUUGUGCUUCCCCUAGAUCCCUCGGCUCAAGUGCACCAAACAUACAAUGCCAAAAACCAACACUUUCUCACACCUUUGGACACCUCCGCUGCGAGCUCAACCCCAGCUCCAGGCCCCAGCUCUGCCGCAAACACAUCAAUGGACUAUGAGGCUGACUCGUCCAUGAACAGUAGCAUCAACGACUCGAUGGUCAAGCCAGCCACGAAGAGAAAAGCCUCUUCGACCGUCUCUCCCACAAAGGACUUUGCAUUUAUCAGUCAUUCGCCUGCCACAUACCCAUCACAGGAGCCUUCCAUAGACAACGCCUCUUUGGCUCGUCGCAAGAGAAGAAGAACAUCUCCACACGAAUUGGCCAUCUUGAACCUGGAGUUUGAGUUGGGCUCCACGCCAAACAAGAUGAGACGCACGGAUAUCUCCAAGCGUGUUAACAUGACCGAGAAGGCCGUGAAGAUCUGGUUCCAGAACAAGAGACAGUCGCUUCGCCGUCUCAAGGUUACAGACAAGGAAAUCACAGAGUUGCCUCCUACCCCAGACUCCUCUGUGCUUGCAUCGGCUCCUGCCACUGAAUCUGCUCCUACGCCAAUUGUGGAGAGCACUCCUAUCAAGCCUGCCUUGACGAAGUCCCAUUCGCAGGAGAUUGUUCACAGAGUCAUGGACCAACUGUCCCCAAUCAGAUCAUACUCCACACCCUCAUUAGUUCAGAAGCAAACGAAGAAGGAGAAGGGCAUGAAAGUGCCAUUGCUUUCGAGGAUGCUUGCAGCCGAGGAUGAGAAGCCCAAGGAGAACGGAAACUUGGUCUUGAACCUCACCAACAAGAAACAGCCCGAGUUUGUUCGCUCCGCUCCUGCUGCAUCUACCCAAGUGAUGACCUUCAAAUUGGCACCCUCUUCCGCUGGCAAUGCCAACACUCCAACAUUCAUGGCAUCAAACAGCUCCGGCAAACCAGCUGCCCGUAAACCAUUGGGCCAAGUCGACACAAACAUACCCGCUCCAGCAGCGAAGGCAGCCCACGAGUCACAAUGCGUUCACAACUUACUAUCAUUAAAGAGCGGCAACUUCUAA